CUACGCCAGUUAUGCGCCGAGGACUGCCAGAUUUCAAUCUUCGAGCUCAAUAUAUGUGUCCUGGGUUCUAACUCCACAACCAAAAGUGUGGGUACGAUAUGGCUGGUAUCGGUUUCGGGGUUGGACGCUGUAGCUACUUUGUUGUCUUGUGGGGUGCAAGGAUAUUCCAAGCUCACACAUACUCCUAAUGCCCGCAGCCAAAAUUGAAAUUCCUACCCCCUUCCCAGGACAGCCGGACCUCCUCCCCCCUAAGUCCGCCCCUGGGUCGGCUCCAUUAUUGCACAAGGACGAAGACGAAGUGUUUGUAUUCUGCGUAUUCUGGUGCUUUAUCGUGCGCAUGUAGGAUGAACAGUCUAGUCGAAGCUUCAUGCGAACUUGCAUACACUCAAUCCAAGAUCUCUACCUGGAAGACUGUGCUGCAUGCCGUUCUGCUUUGCUUCACCGUAUCGUCUUUCUAUGUCACCGUAAACUUCCUUGUCGUACCUCAGGUCAACCAGACGUUCUCCAUUUGGACAAAAAGCAUCAACGCCGGCGAAGGCCGGCGCGCCAAAUCACUGGUCUUGAACUACUACAUCUGCAACUCUUCGGCUUGCCAAGCGACGGGCGCGACUAUGACUCAAGGUCUCAGCCACAACGUUGAUCCCUGCGUUGACUUCUACCAGUAUGUCUGUAGCCGUUGGACCGAAGAGCAUCCCUUAGCGCCUUUUCAGCACAGGACAUCUGCGGACCAUGUCGCAGUUGGGAUGUUCCUGCAGACUCUAAAGAAAAUUCUGAAUGAGCCCUCUUCAGCGCCGGCUAUCAACUUUCUGUUCGACAACUGCAAGAAGGGCGAUGACUCCCUUUUUUCCGGCUUAGUUAAUACUAUUCUAUACACAACUGGCCUAGAGAAUUGGCCGUACAUGACAGACAGUACGAAAGAAGUCACGAAAGAAGACGUUUCGUACAAGAUCGGAUCAGUUUACCGCGAACUUGGUUUAGAUUGCUUCUUCCAAUUUGGGGAUGAGCAAGACACAAGUAACGAUAGUAUGCGAUUGCUGUCCAUAGACCAACCACGGUUACUGAGUGAUCCUGGAAUACAAGAAAGCGUGAAUCACUACACAGGCAUGACAACCGCCUUUCGUACCCUCAUGGAUCUGGUGGACAAAUCGGAGCAGGUUAACAUUGCCGGCAUGGAACGCAAGCUUCAAGCUCUGCGUGAAAACCCCCUCGAUGGCUGCUUCAUGACCAAUGAGUGCGAUGCUGUAAGACUGUCUGAAUUGCCAGCGCUACAGUUCAUCAACUGGACGGUCCUGCUCUUCGGCGUCACUGGAAUAUCCGAAGACCCGAAAGCGAAACGAGUUAAGGUGAAGUCACCCGGAUACUUGCUAAAUCUCUUCAAAGACUUCGAACCGAAGGCAGUGGACAUACUCAACUACCUCGUCUUCCGAGUCAUGAUCAGCGUCUUUCCGUUGAUGAACAGCGAAAAACAUUUCGCCACCCUUGCCCAGUGGAGAACUGAAAAUGAUCCGAACCGUCCGUUACGGGACAGUAAAGAAGACCAAUGUUUGCGUUUCAUGAACGAAUUCGAACCCCUUGUGCCCAUGAUGCUUGCGGGGAAUGCCGAAGCGAGCGAGGUAUCGCGCGGACUUUAUGAAGACAUUCAACGUAAAGUUAUCGCAGGUUUUAUCAGGUACAUUCAACGUAACACACCUUUGACUCCUGGUGUCUACAACUCCCUGGCCAAAGACGUCAGCCAGAUUGUUUGGGAGUUCCUUUACCCAGCGUAUCUUCAAGAUUCCCACAACCUUAAGAGAUAUUACGAAGGCAUAUACACCAAUAACCCAAAGACUCCCCUCGUUUACUUCUAUUACUAUUACAUCAAGAAUUCUGUGCAGAAACGCAGGCUCACUUUCACUUCGGACGGCCGCAAGGCAUCCUGGUCAGCAGACCUCUUCAGCUCCUGGCCUCGGUUUGACCCUCCUUACCGCACUCUCCAAGUUCCCGCAGCCGCGUUUGACCGCCUCUUACCUAAGGACCCUCUACUGAACCUAUUUCAGCUUCCCAGAGUAGCAUUCAGGCUGUACCACAAUUUGUUCAGGUACUUUCACCACUAUGUCCACGACGGAUCUCGCCGUAACUUCACCAGAGCUGUGGUUAAGUUUCUUAGAGAAUGUCGUAAAUGUCUCGCGGGACAGUACAGAUCUCUUCUGCCGCACGCCACGGCAGACGACGCAGUUCUCAAUGACGUGUUGGACGUGCUCUCUGUUCGCGCUGCGCUGAACGUCUUCAGAAGCGAAGUGGCAAAGUUUGGAAGAGACGUACGUUUGCCAGGGAUGUUGUCGUACACAAGCGACCAGUUGUUCUUUGUACGCUACGCUAUGUCGUUCUGCGAGAACGUCAGCCCUGCUUAUGCUGAGAAACGUUCGAGGGUCGGACAGGAGAGGCCAUCGUGGGUUCGCGUCAAUGGAGUGCUGAAGAACGUACCGGAAUUUAGCCAAGCGUUUCGUUGUAAUUCCAGUGCUUUCAUGAGUGCAAAGAAACCAUGCGUUCCAUGAAAACAGGGCAACACUGCACAGUGAUACAAUAUAUGCAUGCAU